CCGGCCGGCGGCGUGGGCUCGCUGCUGCGGGGGGACGCGGAGCUGCGCAGCCACCUCGUGCUCACCACGCGCUUCCUCUUCGGGCUGCUGAGCGCCGAGCGCGCGCGCGACGUGGAGCGCUACCUGGGCUGCGCCGUCUCGGGGCGCGCGAGGCGGGACGCCCUGCAGUGGCUGCAGGGCCAGGGCUGCCGCGCGAGGCUGGCGCCGGAGGUGACGGAGGGCGCGCUGGAGGCCGCGGCGGAGCCGGAGGAGGAGGGCGAGGAGCUCAACCGCCCGCUGGAGCUGCUGUACUGCCUGUACGAGACGCAGGACUCUGCCUUUGCUAGGCAGGCCCUGCACGGCCUCCGCGAGCUGUCGCUGGAGCGAGUGCGCUUCGGCCGCAUGGACGUCGCUGUCCUGAGCUACUGCAUCAGGUGCUGUCCCACCGGGUGGGCGCUGCGGCUGGUCAGCUGCAGCCUGGCCGCCAAACAGGAGAAGAAGAGGAGGAGCCUGGCGAAGCGACUGCAGGGUGGCCUGGGCGGCGGCAGCCCUCAAGCCACCACAAAACAGCUCCCAGCCUCCCCACUUUACCCCCUCUUCGAGGCCAUGACUGACCAACAGUGUGGUCUGAGCAGUCUCACGCUGUCCUGCUGCACGCUCCCCAACUCCGUCUGCCGAGACCUGUCCCAGGCCCUGAGGGCAGCCCCCGCCCUGGCCGAGCUCAAUCUCCUCCACAACAGGGUCAGCGAGGCAGGCCUGCGUCUGCUGAGCGAGGGCCUGGCUUGGCCCCAGUGCCGGGUGCAGACGCUCAGGGCGCAGCUGCCUGGCCUCCAGGGAGGGCUCCAGUUCCUGGUCGGCAUGCUUCCACAGAGCCCCGCCCUCGCCACCCUGGAUCUCAGUGGCUGUCUGCUGCCUGGCCCCAUGGUGACCUACCUGUGUGCAGUUCUGCAGCACCCAGGAUGCAACUUGCAGACCCUCAGGCUGACCUCCGUGGAGCUGAGUGAGCAGUCAGUGCAGGAGCUCCGGGCUGUGAAGACGGCAACACCAGGGCUGGUCAUCACACACCCAGCACUGGAAGACACCCCAAGCCCUCCAACGGACUCAGCAGUGUCCUCUGAGGCCCUGGAGGCCAGAGCAGUGUGGAGCACUGUAGUCAGAGCCCCUGCGGAGGAGACCCUCCCGUCCUGA